AUGGUAGAUAAACUUGGACUAACUAAAUCUGCUCAUCCUUUUCCUUAUCAUGUUUCUUGGCUUACUAAGGGGCAGCAAACCCUUGUGACAUAUCAAACCAUGGUUGAGUUCUCUUUAGGUGAUUUUAAGGACAAAGUUCUAUGUGAUAUUGUAGAGAUGGAUGCUUUCCAUCUUCUACUAGGGAGGCCAUGGAAAUAUGACAUGGAUGCCACCUAUAGUUGUAGGAAGAACACCUAUACCAUGAAACCAUUGCCUGACACUAAGGCAGAGAAAGAGCCCAUAGUCAUAGUAAUUGGUGAGAAAGAGAUGGUAAAAACAUUGAAAGAGUCUCAAGAAGAGAGUUUUGUUUUGGUUGUGAAACCCAAGGACAAAGAUGAAUCUGAUUGUAUAGCACCUAUUCCCGAUGUUGUGAAAGGUUUGCUUGACAAGUACAAGGAAGUCAACACAAGUGAGUUGCCCUCUACCCUCCCACCCUUGAGAGAUGUUUGCCAUCAAAUUGAUUUGAUUCCUGGUGCAUCAUUGCCCAACAAGGCACCAUACAAGAUGACACCCAAUCAAAAUACUGAGAUCUCAAGACAAGUUCAUGAGAUGUUGAACAAGGGACUCAUUCAAAAGAGUCUUAGCCCUUGUGCCGUACCAGCAGUAUUAGCACCCAAGAAAUAUGGGAAAUGGAGAUUAUUUUUGGACUACUGGGAGGUUCUAACUUAUGGAUUCAGGUUGACAGGCCUCUUACCUUUCUUUUACCUUUGA